AUAUCAUAGUGUUUCUUUAGUGUUCCACGUCCGUCCGUGCGGUGUUAAUUUUUGGGGGGAAAAUGAAAAGACGGUUAAUUUUGGUGGGAAAAUGCGCCAUUUUAUAGCAAAAUUCACGCUAUAAAAGUAGUCGCUGAGUUUGACAAAAGCCCUCCUGUCUGCUGCGUGCGCCAUCUGCGUCGGUGUGUUGUGUUUUUGUGUGUUUUCUAAAUAUGGCGGAUGUUCUGAGAGCGGCGAGUGUUUAUAAUAUCAAUAGUGAGGGCAAAUUGAUAGAGCGCUUCAAAACACCAACAAUAUUUGUUAUCUGUAGUUACGAUCCACAAGGUCUCAGUGUUAAAAUUGUACCCGAAUAUGACGAAAGCCACAGCUUCGAGUUUCCCUUCAAGGCAAACACAGAUACGGCUAAAAUGGGUUCUCGUGGGCAGAUUAUUUCGCUUCAAGAUGAAAAUCUCUGCAUAGUGUUCAAUACAGACUCAGACGUCCGGAAGUUCCGGGAGCUGAUCAAUACGGUGAAGGGCAGACGAGCCAAUUCAGUAUUCUCCCAGCGAACGGAGGAAUCCUCCGCCAAUCAAUAUUUUCAGUUCUACGGAUAUUUGAGCCAGCAGCAGAAUAUGAUGCAGGAUUUUGUGAGGACUAGCACCUACCAGAAGGCAAUUCAUAGCAAUAUCAACGAUUUUCAUAACAAAAUAGUAUUAGACGUGGGUGCAGGCUCGGGGAUUUUGUCCUUCUUUGCGGUACAAGCCGGAGCUCAGUUGGUUUAUGCUGUGGAGGCCAGUAAUAUGGCCCAAUAUGCUGAGAUGCUGGUGAAUGCAAAUCACCUUUCGGACAAGAUUGUGGUGAUAGCGGGGAAGAUUGAGGAGAUUGAUCUGCCCCAGGAAGUUGAUAUCAUAAUAUCGGAGCCUAUGGGUUAUAUGUUGUACAAUGAAAGGAUGCUGGAAACGUAUUUGCAUGCCAGGAAAUGGUUGAAGCCAGGUGGAAAGAUGUUUCCAUCACGUGGUGAUUUACACGUGGCUCCAUUUACGGAUGAGGCACUGUACCUGGAGCAAUUCAAUAAGGCCAGUUUCUGGUACCAAACAAGCUUCCAUGGGGUGGAUCUCAGUCGUAUCCGGACGGCUGCUAUGAAGGAAUAUUUCAGGCAACCAAUUGUGGAUACCUUCGAUAUUCGGAUCUGCAUGGCCAAAUCGGUGCGCCAUGUGGUGGAUUUUCUCAGCGCCGAAGAGACUGAUUUGCACCGCAUUGAUAUUCCAUUGGAGUUUCAUAUUCUGGAAACUGGCACUUGUCAUGGCCUGGCAUUUUGGUUUGAUGUAGCCUUUACCGGGUCUACACAGCAAAUUUGGCUGUCGACAUCACCGACGGAACCAUUGACACAUUGGUAUCAAGUUCGAUGCCUCCUGCAGACACCAAUUUUUGCCAAGGAAGGUCAAAUGUUGACAGGACGUGUCCUUCUGGCUGCAAAUAAUCGGCAGAGUUAUGAUGUCACCAUGGAACUCAAAUUGGAGGGUACUUCAAUUACGUCCAGCAACACAUUUGACCUCAAAAACCCGUACUUCCGCUAUACUGGGGCAACGGCACCUCCGCCACCCGGAAAUAAUACCACCUCGCCCUCCGAGGCCUUCUGGACCCAAUUGGAUGCCCAGGGAGCACGCAAUGCAGUCAAUCUCGUCAAUGGGAUUUCAGUGAAUGGACUUGGAGAGGCUUCAAUGGACAUUGGGCAGCCGAUUCUAAAUACCAAUCUCAUUGGACUCGGCAAUCAAUCCAACAUAAUACAUCCAGGAUGCAUUCCGAGCACUGGGCGAGUGCAGAACAGCAUGAAUUCGUCGGGUGGCAUGGGAAACUCCCUGGGUACAGGCUAUCUACCAUCAUCCGUGUCCGCCGUAAUGAAUAUGGUGGGUGGCACUAGCAACAAUUUUCUCUCAACAUCGACGUUGCAGCAGCAAAAUUUAAUCAAUGGAGCUAUCUAUAGGCCCAAAUAGAUGCACAAGGUAGGCCCCACCAUACCCCCCGCCCCCCGCAAAACCUCCUCCAUCCAGAAAAUUGAUUGCAAACCACGCGAUGAAUGAGAAAAGUAGGGCACGGCAGCAUAUUUUUCGUCUUUGAGAGUAAUUUUUGAGGACAAGAAAAGAGAUUCAAAUCACUUGCGAGAGAUAAUGCGGAAAAAAAAGUCUUUCACAAUGAUUAAUGAUUUUUUUAAAAUGAAAUCACUACUUAUAGAUUUAUUAAAAUAAUUCUUGACUCAAGGAAGAAUAUUUAUCAAAUAUUCACAAUUUUACUAUUUAAAAAAAAAACAAGAAAAUUUCAAUGCAGAAGAGUAAUGCAAAAAAAAGCGUCCUUUAAAUAAAGAAUGAAAGAGUGAAAAAAGGAGGAAUAACUGAUGGAAAAUCUCUGAAAGAAAAAAAAACACACACAUUUUAAUUUUAUUGUGACCCGUGAAAUUAGCAGAAAAUGAAAAAUUUCAGGACAAGUGAUGAAAAUAAAAAAUUCGUAGGAAUUUUUAGGAUUACAAUUUACAUAAAUUAUCUAGGCAUGUAAUUAAAAAAAAAAACAAGAAAAAAAACAAAAAGGAAAAGUUACAUUGACAAAAUAUUUAGGCAUAAUUGUGCAAAAAUUUUCCAUUAUUGCUUGAAUACGAAAAAAAACACAUUUUUAAUUAAAAGUUUUGUCACGCUCAAUAAAAAAAAGAAGAAGUGAAGAAAAACGACGGAAAAUCUCUUUAAAAACAAAUACCUAUAUUUCUUUUUCAAUUUACGAAAUGCAUUUUUUCAGGAGAUUUAGUUUUUUUUUUUUAAUGUUUUAAUAUAAUCUUUUUACUUAUGACAAAAAAAAACAUCAUUGUUGUGUUGUUGCAAUGUUCUUCAAAAUUUUUAUCUUGGCUGACUUUUGAUUUAUGAAAAUUGAGAAAGAGAGAGACAGAGGACAAGUAGAAAAAUUCAAAAAGGUAGAAAAGAAACUUCUUAAAAUUAUUAGAUGAAAAUUACUAUGUAGAAUUUUUCUUUACAUUUGAAAACUUUUGUUUAAAAA